AAAGCUAAUAAGAUUUUAUUGAUUCGUUUCCGAUGCGAGGCUCCUAAUUUUAUAAACAAAAUAAAUACUGGCUGAAAUAAAUAUUGGUUUAAAAGAAAAAUCUGCAAACAAACCGUACAAUAAACACUUCCUUUUCUGCUCACCAAUCGGCUCACUGGGCUCCGUAGUUUCGCCCAUCUGGAGGAGCUCGAAGAAAACUGAAAGGAAAAUAGCAAAUACCUAUUUCUUAACUGGACAAAAUAUGGAUAAUCAUAAAACGGAAGGCAUAGCAAAUGCAAAAGCAGCUUCUCUGAGAUGGAGAAUCCUUCGUCAAGCCCUCCUUCGUCGCUCUCCUGCCCCAAUUUCAGAUCACCAAUCUGUAAAUGCCAUCAAGCGCAUUUCCAGGAAGGCCAGUCAUGGAUUCAACUUGAUUCCUAGCCAAGUAAUUGAUGAAGAUCCAAACUCCAGAGAAGCGUGUAUAUGCUACACGUUGCCCAUUAAUGGAUCGCCCAAACUUUUCCUAACCCAAAGGAUGGAUGGGCGUGCUGAUCUCAGUGAUUUUGAGCUCUCUAAUAGAUACAAUGUCGACAACACUGGGCUUGUCUGUAAUUGGCCAUCAGAAGAAGUCCUUGCUUAUUUUUGCUUAUCACAUGCUGACAUGUUCAGGUUAAAAAGAGUUAUUGAGGUUGGUUCUGGCUAUGGUUUAGCUGGAUUAGUUAUUGCUGCAACUUCUGAGGCAGUGGAAGUUGUGAUCUCUGAUGGAAAUCCUCAAGUGAUUGAUUAUAUUCAGCGUAGUAUAGAUUCUAACUCUGGGGCAUUUGGCGGUACCAAAGUAAGGAGUAUGACACUGCAUUGGGAUCAGGCAGAAGCUUCAAAUAUGUCUAACAAUUUCGAUAUCAUUGUUGCUAGUGACUGCACCUUUUUUAAGGAGUUCCACAAAGGCCUUGCGUGUAGUGUCAAAUUCUUGCUGAGAAAUGCUGGGACCUCAGAAGCAAUAUUCUUCAGUCCUCAAAGAGGAAAUUCACUGGAUAAGUUUCUAGAGGAAAUUGAAGAAAACGGCUUGCAUUUCUGCGUAACAGAGAACUAUGAUACAGAAGUUUGGAUGCGUCAUCAGCGGUUCAUGAAUGGUGAUAACUCAUGGCCCAGCUAUGAAAAAGACCACUGUUAUCCUUUACUCGUCAGAGUUACAUUAUAGACCUCAAAAGCCUUCUAUUCCGUUCAUAUGUGUGUAUAUUUUCUGCAUGGAUUGGAUGACCCGAAAUGGCAAAGCUUGGAUGGCAACCAGUUGUUAGUGGUAGGCAACAGUUCGUUUGCCUAUUGCACUAUUUAGUCUAGUGUCUUGGUGGGUUCCAUUAUCACUGAAAUUGUAUUCCUCACCACUACAUUUUGUAGGCCCCCCUGCUGGUUUGUGUUGAGAGUGGAAAGGAAAGCAAUCGGAUGCUGUUUCUGAUCUUAAUUGGUUAUGAUUUCUUUUUCAACUUAUUAGUACAAUAUACAAUAGGUCCAUGAAGCUUUUGAAAUGAGAUUCCUUAUCUUCAUUUUAGCAUCUAA